CGCUGAGAAAAAAGAUUCCACCCUCUAAACUUUACUGCUGUAAUCUAACAGUCAGUAUUCAUCGAGGCAGGCGCCUCAGUUCGCCGAGAUCCGCGUCUCUCACUCCGCUGAGGCCAUGAAGAGAAGGCUUCAGAAAAAAUACAUCAUCUUAAUUCUAGGAUAUUCCGUGGCGCUGCUUUUAAUUCCCUACGUACUAGAUUACCGGAGCAAAUCGUCACACAUUAAAGAUGGAUAUCAGCAACAAAAGUGUCCCAAUCUGAAGAGCACCAUCGCCCUGUGGAGUAGCACCAGGACUGGCAACUCAACGGAGGUGGAGGACUACGGCAACAGGAGUCAGUCCAGAACGCACAUAUACCUCCACGCAACCUGGAGGACAGGCUCUUCUUUUUUAGGGGAAUUAUUUAAUCAGCAUCCUGAUGUGUUUUAUUUAUACGAGCCCAUGUGGAAUAUGUGGCAGGCGCUUUAUCCCGGAGAUGCGGGCAGUUUACAAGGAGCAGUGAGAGACAUGAUGAACUCUCUGUUUAGAUGCGACUUCUCAGUGUUAAAACUCUACGCAGGCUCGUCCAACGUAACCACCUCUUUUAUUUUCGGCUGGAAAACGAACAAGGUCAUUUGCUCCGAGCCUCUCUGCAAAGCGUAUAAAAAGCACGAAAUUGGUUUAGUUCAAGGAGACGUGUGUAGCAAAUGCCACCCCAGAGACCUCAAAGAGCUGGAGAAAGAGUGUAAAAAGUACCCUGUGAUGGUCAUCAAAGACGUGCGGGUUUUAGAUUUGGCGGUUCUGGUCCCCCUCAUGCGAGACCCCGCCAUCAACCUCCAGAUAGUCCAGUUGUUUCGCGACCCCCGGGCCGUGCAUAAUUCUCGGCUGAAGUCUAAACUGGCUCUGGUGAAGGAGAGCAUACAGGUGCUGAGGAGCAAGAAGCAGAGCGACAAAUACAAGCGCCUUCUGGUGCCUAGCAACAGGGUCCAUCGGGCAGAGAACUACGUCUCGAGCGCGAUGGAGUUAAUAUGCGAUAACUGGCUCAACGACAUGUUGCUCGUUAUGAACGCUCCGCCGUGGGUGAAGCGAAACUACAUGAAACUGAAAUACGAAGACCUGGUCCUCAGACCCGUGGGCGAGCUCCAGAGGCUCUAUCGGUUCUCCAACCUCACCCUCUCUCCGGCCAUGGAGAAGUUUGUGGUGAACAUGACCCACGGACAGGGCUAUUCCUCGGAUAAACCUUUCCUCAUAUCAUCCAGAGAUGCCAAAGAGGCUAUUUACGCCUGGAGGGAAAGGCUGAACGUGGAGCAGGUGAACCAGGUUGAAGCCUACUGCAGCGAGGUCAUGAGACAGCUGGGUUAUCAGAAGAGGAACAAGGACAAGACCUAAAACCACCAAAACAUGGGUUUAUGAAGACUGAUGUGCUGGAGGAACAGGAGGACAGAGGGGGAACAGCCUGAUAUGAAGCUACGACACACCGAUGGAGCUGAGGAGCAACACCCCGAGAUCUCCCUCACAGUGCCGUCACGGGGCGCAGAGUAGACGACAGAAGAGAGACACUCACAAACCCAUCGACCUCAACUGAUACUGACAAGACUCCUGUAAGAAAAA